AAAGACACAGGGAGAGAGAGAUGAAGAAAGAGAGAGUAAGUCAGUGAAUGUCUCAGUGAAAGUAGAGAUGGGUUCCGUCUGGAGCGACUGAGUGCAGUCCACCUCCUCUCCUCUCCUUUCAUCUCCUCUCCUCCUUCAGCCUGCUCUCCCCUCCUCUCCUCCUUCUCAUCAGGAAUCGGGACCUCACUCCCAUUACCCACCACCACCACCACACCCUCCUUCUCCUUCCUCCACCAACUCCCACUGACUGACUCUACUCUACGUUGCACGGCUGUCUUCUCCUCCACACUCCUGCCUGCCCCCUGAGCAAAAAGGACACACCAGACCAGCGGGAGUUUCUCACGACCGACCAGGACAGGACAACUGCUGCCUAGAGAGCUCUGUGCAGAGAGAAAGAAGGAGAGAGAGAGAAGUUGAGUCUUUUUUUGGGGGAAAUCUCGACUCCAUAUCGACUCUUGCCUCUCUCGCUCUCUCUUUGUCUUUUUUUUUCUCAUUCCUGCGAAGCAAAUAUUUGGAAUGGGAAGGGAUGUGGUGCCUGGCACGCACUGACUGAAGACAGACAAGAGAGAAAGAAGGGAAGAGAGAAAGAGUGCAACAGAAAGAGGGAAAAAGGAGAGGAAAAGAGGGAAGAAAAGAAAGGGAGAAUAAGAAGCGGAAAGAAAGAUAGAGAGAUAAAGAUUAAGGCAAAAAAAGAGAGAGGAAGAGAGCCGAGAGGAACCCUUGACAGGAAGAAUGUUGUGCUGGAGAGAGGCACCACACAGUGGACUCACUUAAGCCUGAAGUGGAGAGUGGAGAGUGGAGAGACAAGAGACGAGAGCUAUGCCGUCGCGCUCGGGAUCAGAACUGGCCAGACAGGACCACCGCCGGGCGCAUGAGAUACAGAUAAGAGCACAAGCGUGACCUCCUCCUCCUGGCCGGCCGUCUCUCUUUUUAACAUCCGUCCUCCUGUCUUCUCUUCGUUUAUAGCCUUCUCUCCUUCCCCCCAAAAACCACGGACACAUUAUGUGGAUGCUAUUUCUCUUCAUAAGGAUUCUCUGCAUUACCUGUGUCUGUGCCUAUGAGCACCAGGAUUAUAGUCCAGGAUAUAGUCCAGGCAAGGAGGAACCAGAGGUCGGUGUGGUUGAGGACUUAAUACAGGGGGUGUCCAGCGUGGAUGAGCUGCUAGAGUUGCUGUAUCCAGCCUACAGAUUGGUCCAGCAGUGCUUGCGGAGGAAGGCAGAGAGCACAACGCCCCAUCACUACACGGACGAUCCCAUGUGGGGCUCGUCCCGGCAAGCGGCUCUGUUCAAGACUGAUGGCACUUUAGAAGUCAUUAUGGAGGAGAUCCAGAGAACAAAAUGCAGUCCACGAGAGGUGUGCCUGGAAGUCGCCAAGGAAUUUCCGGAAAGCACCAGCCGAUUCUACGUCCCCCGCUGUGUGUCGGCCCAUCGAUGUGGAGGGUGCUGUAACAGUGAAGCAUGGCAGUGCACCAACACCAGUUACACAGUCAUGAACAAAACACUACUGGAGAUAUCUCCUCAGAAGUCUGUGGUCAUGGUGCCCGUUGUCAACCACACGUCAUGCGAAUGCCAGCAAAAGAGACCCAAACAUUCCAUCAUCAGGAGAUCUCUUGAUCUGCUACCAACGCUGUGUCCCCAGCCAGACGAGCCGUGCGACGCUGGCCUAGUGUGGGAUGAGCUGGCUUGCGAAUGCGUUCCAGUGCUGUCCCUGCUGUUGGACCAGCAGCUGGAGCCGAGGGACCCCGCCCUGUUGGAGUUGUGCGGGCCAAAUAAAGUGCUGGACGAGGAGAGCUGCGAGUGUGCGUGCCAGAACGGCCUGACCGACGCCAGCUGCGAGCCGGGGUGGCGUCUGGACGAGGGCUCGUGCGAGUGCGUGUGCGAGGUGGAGGCCUCGGGAGCGCAGCCGGCCUGCCCGCCCAACCAGAGCUGGGACCCAGAGCUGUGCGCCUGCGUCUGCCUGACCCAGUGCCCGCCCAGCCAGCCCCUGGACCCGGAGAUGUGCCAGUGCCAGUGCCGGGAGAGCGAGCAGACCUGUCUGCUACAGGGCAAGAGAUUCAAGGCUGACAGCUGCAGCUGUUACCGGCUGCCAUGUAAGGAUCCCCACAAGAAGUGCCAAAUGGGCUACUACUACAGCCACUUCGUCUGCCAGUGCAUUCCCAACUUCCUGAGGUCGAGCGAGAGGGAACUGACAUAGCAUACGCCGUAAAAUGUGCAGUGUUCAUUCAACACUUAAGUCGAUUCAAUUUCUCAUAGAGUGUUUUUGGUCCCAAAGUACUCUUUAAGUGUUGAAUCAACUCAGCAUUUUUUUUUUACUGUGUAAGCGUAGCAUGUCGGGACGGCCGGAACGGACGGAAGGAAGGCCAGCUGUCGAGGCUUCCGCGCUGCCAUGAAUGGAGGAGGAGGGGGGGAUUAGACACUUUAUGGAGAUUACUUACUCCAGAGACAUUUUUCACCGCCUGACAGACUCAAGCCCUCUCAGCCACUUCGGAUGUGCAAGAGGGGCCGCCGAACUAACAAGGGGGCCGUUGUUGUUGUUGUUGUCAGGGGGAGCACUGAGUUGAAACUGAACUGGACUGGACACAGCGGAGCUGAGCUGAGUUGAAAUGCCACGGACUACGGUUUUCACACAGCUCUGUGGAAAAAAAGCUUUUUUUGGGGGCAAAGCUGCUUUCUGAGUUGUAUUUAUCAAACGGUACAUUUGUGUUGUUGUUGUUGUCGUUGAUGUUUUUGUACUUGAAGGACAAGAAAUUGUGAAUGCUGCUGUUUCCUGUGUAAAAAAGACAUAGAGCAACUUACGUCCAUUUACAAAAGGCACUAUUUAUUAUGGAGAGAGAGACGUCAGGUUAUAUGUCAUGUAAACAGCAAUCAUGCAAUCAUUGCAUAUGUCAUUUGUGGUCAGUGGGUAUUCAAUUAUGGGGAUGCUGGUAAACAUUGAGUAAACCCGGUGACAUCACGUUGUAUAAAUCCUUAACCACUACAGUAAAUAUACAACCUGCUCUGUGUGGACAUGAGCAUUUCCUCCCUAAAGUAAACGUUUAUAUCAACAAUUUAAUGAAGUCAAAGUCCAAAACAAUCAGUGUGGAUUAUCGUGAUGGGAUGAUGAUUUAUUUUUUCCAAUCCACGCCAGGAGGAGGAGAAGAGUAUUAUUUUAUCCGUCUGCUUGUUUUCUGCGAUUGGGCUGAACUGAACUGGCCAGCACCCUUUCUGGAUGGCAUUGUCAUGAGGUAAUUAAGGAGGAGACACCCAUUUAGAGCAUUUGAAGAAAACCCAAACCAUGGGAAAGUCAAUAACAGCAGAGAGGACGCAAGGAAGUGAGGAAGCAGCAGAAACAUCGGAACACACAAAAAUGCUCUCUCUCUCUCUAGGCAGUUUUGUGGCUGGGCCUUCUCUCUCUCUCUCUCUCUCUCUCUCUCUCUCUCUCUCUCUCUCUCUCUCUCUCUCUCUCUCGUUUUGUCUCUGUCUCUGCAGUUUUGUGGCUGGGCCCUCUCUCUUUCUCUCUCUCUCUCUCUCUCUCUCUCUCUCUCUCUCUCUCUCUCUCUCUCUCUCUCUCGCUCUCUCUCUCUCUGUGGUGUAGUGGCGUGGCUGGGCCUUGGGUGUAACUCACAAAAACGCGUCCCCUGAUUGAUGUGUGGCUACAGGGCAGGGCCUCGCGUGUCGAGCACAGCCUGUCACGAGCGGCCUCACUUUCUUGCUCGGGUGCCGGGCCCCGCUCCAAACAUCCAGGCAGAACAGGCAGCAGCUGCUCUCGUAGGGCGUAUCUGGUUAUGGGAGAGAGAGAAAGGUAUAGAGAGGGCAGCACAGGGGAGCCGCAGCCAGGGAGGUAAUUGUGCAUGCAUGUAGGCAGGGCAGCUGACAGCUUUGGCCGGGCCUAGGAAAUCCCCCAACCCCCAAUUCAUACAAUGUAAUGGGAACCCAAUUCUGGGGCUCCUCUCAACCCUGGGCCCAGGACAACGGACCCCUUUACCCACCCCCACUGUCAGCUUCCCUGCAUGUAGGAACUAGACACUCCACAACAAUGCAGCACACCACAGAGCAGCAGAGAGGAGAGAGCUGACAUACACUACACGGCCUGGGCCGCAGGGAUGUUAUGCGUGCGCUGCACUCGGUCCGGCAGCCACAGUGGUGUUGGAUCACUGCAACAGCAAACAGAAGGGACACACCCUCCCGCUAUGAGGAAACACGCCUUCAAAAUCACGUCUCGGAUUCCACAUAGGGAACAUAUGUGGUCUAGAUAAUAAAUCAAUUUUUUAAUGAGGUCAAUUUUAAAGAGAGUACUGAUUGUAUACCUAUUCCACCCCUGUUCAUUAGUGCAUAAGGGUUUGUCUGUCACCACCAGUUACUGUAUAGAUUGUUCUCCCGGGAUCACUUCCAUACAGUAUUUUGGUAGCCACUUUCAAAUGGUUGGUCAAGAGAUUUCCACUGUACUGCAAACAAAAUGACUGCAACUGUGAUUUAUGUAACCGUGUGUAGGCCUAUUUUAUGUACCUGUAAUGAUAUACUGAAAUGAAAUGAAAUAUUCUU